UUAAAAUGAUCUUUGAAACAGUAAUCACAAUGGAAGUGAAGUUAUCAAUUCUGCUCUUUGAAGCAAAGCUGAGUGCCUGAUCACCGUGAAGUUUGGCGAGAUGCGGCUCUUUCGGCUUCUGCUGCUUUUUCUCUCGUUCUGGACGUCACAUUCAGUGUUUAAAAUACCCUUAAAAAUCUUCGCUGGGAAUUUCAACGCGUCCGUGCAUUUGGACCUCAGGCCUCUGAAACAGAAUGAAGGCGCAGUUCAGAGCGGACUGUCCCUGGCAUCGGAUCCAGCGGGGAUUGUCAACUUUCUGGACAUGAUCAAUAAUUUAAAAGGAGACUCAGGGAGAGGUUAUUAUAUGCAGAUGGCCAUUGGGACACCGGGACAGACGCUAAACAUCCUGGUCGAUACUGGAAGCAGCAACUUUGCUGUAGCUGCAGCAGCACAUCCCUACAUCACACACUUCUAUAACAUACCACUUUCCAGUACAUAUCAAAGCACCAGGCGGGCCGUUGCAGUGAAAUACAUGCAGGGAGAAUGGGAGGGGGAACUGGGAACUGACUACAUCACCAUUCCACAAGGACCCAGUGGCAGCAUCACCAUCAACAUUGCUGCAAUUCUAGCCUCGAAAGGCUUCUUCCUACCCAGGAUCAAUUGGCAAGGCAUUCUGGGCCUUGCAUACCCUCUCCUGGCUCGACCUGACCCAUUGGUGGAGCCCUUCUUCAAUUCUGUUGUGCGGCAGACCGGUAUACCAGAUAUGUUCUCUCUGCAGAUGUGUGGUGCAGGAGUCUCUGCCAGUACCCCAACUGACCCAGCUAGUGGCAGUCUGAUCAUGGGAGGGAUUGAACCAACUCUGUACCAGGGUUCAGUGUGGUACACCCCAGUCCUAGAAGAGUGGUUUUACCAGGUAGAAGUCUUGAAGCUUGAAGUUGGAGACCAAAAUUUAAACCUGGACUGCAAAGAGUAUAACUCAGAUAAAGCCAUUGUGGACAGCGGGACAACUCUAUUGCAACUACCUGCAAAUGUGUUCAGUGCUGUGGUGGAGGCCAUUAUGCUAACAUCAUUGAUUCAAGACUUUUCUGCUGGAUUCUUUGAUGGCACCAAACUUGUGUGCUGGAUGAGAGGGGAGCCACCAUGGAGGCUUUUUCCUAAACUCUCAAUUUACCUCAGAGCAACAAACAGCAGCCAGUCAUUCCGCAUCUCCAUUCUGCCACAGCUGUACAUCCAGCCAGUCACAGAUAUCGAUGGCACAUUGGACUGUUUCCGUUUUGGGAUCUCCCCUUCAGCCAACGGCUUAGUUAUUGGAGCCACUGUGAUGGAAGGAUUCUAUGUCAUCUUUGACCGUGCACAAAAGAGGGUGGGCUUUGCAGUUAGCACCUGUGCAGAAAAUGGUGGUGUACCAUUUGCGGAAAUUGCUGGGCCUUUCCUAGCUGAGGCCGUAGCAUCAGACUGCAUGGGCGGUGUCUCUCUUAGGGAACCUCUGAUGUGGGUGAUAGCGUACACUCUGAUGGGCGUAUGUGCCCUGGUGCUGAUCGUACUCCUCAUACUGCUCAUACUGCCCUGCCAACGACACAGAGACGGCGAGAUUACUGACGAGUCUUCGCUGGUGCACCAUCGCAUCAAGUGACGUCAGGGGUCGAUGGAAGACCAGGUGGCACAGAUUCAUCUAAACAGGACUGAAGAGAAUUCUGGGCAGGAAACAAGGGUGACUCAUUGUGCUGAUUUUUCUCCUGGAAACUCUGGGUGAGAUGACCUGUUUUUCUGGGAGUAAGCUGGAUGCUAGACUUUGAACGUUUUUAGAACGUUUUAAAAUUUGGUUGACUUUUCAGAAAGGAAGAGAAGAUUACUACUGAUGGAUAGAGACAUUAUGAGUCUAUAUGUCAAUCCUCCACUUUCUCUUUUAAAAAGAAAUCAUAAA